AUGCACAGUCCUGAAGUGACAGGAAACAUGCCAACUCAAUCCCUCUUAGUGUAUAUGGAUGGACCGGAAGUUAUUGGCAAUUCUCUUGGCAGCCAGAUGGAGCUAGAAGAUGCCGUGUCAGUAAAAGGGACCACCACUGUCCCUUUCAGAGCCACGCAGGAGAAGAGCGUCAUCCAAAUCGAAGGCUACACGCCCUUGGACUGCAUGUUCUGCAGUCAGACCUUCACCCACUCUGAAGACCUCAAUAAGCACGUGCUGCUGCAGCACCGGCCCACCCUCUGUGAGCCCGAAGUUCUGCGUGUGGAAGCAGAGUAUCUCAGUCCUCUAGAUAAAGGUCAGGUGCGAACAGAGCCCCCCAAGGACAAGAGUGGCAAAGAAAAUGAAGACUUGAGCUGUGAAGUUUGUGGGCAGACAUUCAGAGCCCCAUUUGAGGUUGAGAUCCACACAAAGACACACAAGGACUCUUUCACCUACGGGUGUCACGUGUGCGGACGGAGGUUCAAGGAGCCCUGGUUUCUGAAGAACCACAUGCGAACACACAAUGGCAAGUCGGGGGCCAAGAGCAAGUUGCAGCAGGGCUUGGAAAGCCCGGCCACCAUCAACGAGGUUGUCCAGCACCAGGCUGCGGAGAGCAUCUCCUCUCCUUACAAGAUCUGCAUGGUUUGUGGCUUCCUAUUUCCAAAUAUAGAAAGUCUAAUUGAUCACAGGAAGAUGCACACCAAAGACACGGCUUCCGGUGGCAGCAGUCCCCAGGCAGACUCUCAGCAGACGGGAAUGCCAGCCCCUAGAGACGAGUUCCUGCAGUUCUUAAACCUCAGACCAAAAGCUCACGCUGAAACUACGAAGCAGCCCACCAGAUGGAUACCUCAGCUCGACCCCUUCACCACCUACCAGGCCUGGCAGCUGGCCACCAAGGGCAAAGUUGCUGUCUGCCGGGAGGUGAAGGAGCAGCCCGGGCAGGAAGGGAGCACCGAUAACGAUGAUUCAGACAAAGAAGAGCUUGGAGAAAUCUGGAACGGGAGUAAAAGCCAUGCUGAAGGUUCUGGAAAAUCCAGGUCCAAUAAGAGUGGGUAUGCAGGCCUAGCACAAGAUAAGGAGAAGCCUAGACACACCAACGGUGAAGUGCCUUCUGGGGACAUGGACUCCAAGUUGUCCGGUAAGAGUGAGAAGCCCACGCAUUGCUCUGAGUGUGGCAAGGUGUUCAGAACCUACCACCAGCUGGUCCUGCACUCUAGAGUCCACAAGAAGGACCGGAGGACAGACGCCGAGUCGCCCACCAUGUCUGUGGACGGCCGGCAGCCAAGGACGUGUUCUCCAGAUCUAGCUGGCACCCUUGAUGAAAACGGAGCCACAGAUCGAGAAGGAGGCUCUGAAGAUGGAUCCGAGGACGGACUUCCUGAAGGCCUCCACUUGGAUAAAAAUGACGAUGGAGGCAAAAUAAAGCAUCUGACAUCCUCAAGAGAAUGUAGUUAUUGUGGAAAGUUUUUCCGUUCAAAUUAUUACCUCAAUAUUCAUCUCAGAACGCAUACAGGUGAAAAACCAUACAAAUGUGAAUUUUGUGACUAUGCUGCAGCCCAGAAGACCUCUCUACGGUAUCACCUGGAGAGACACCACAAAGACAAGCAGGUCGAUGUGGCCACUGAGGCCAAGAGUGACGGGAAACACCAGGAGCCCGAAGAUGCACUACUCAUCGCCGACAGUGCGCAAACCAAAAAUUUGAAAAGAUUUCUUGAUGGUGCCAAAGAUGUGAAAGCCAGCCCACCUGCCAAGCAACCUAAGGGGAUGGGCCCUGCCUUUCAGAAUGUUCUGGGCAGUGCUGUCCUCUCGCCAGUCCACAAAGAUACUCAGGAUUUCAGUAAAAAUGCAACUGAAGCUAGUGCCGGUCAGAUGGGCAGACGCCCUGCCCCUGCUUACUUGGACAUGUUCAAGAAGAGACCAGCGCCCGAAGCGCAGGCCGUCAACCUUGCUCGCAGAGCAGAGGUGGCUGCUCCGCCUCAUGCUCAUCCAGACGCCACUGCCACCCGCCAGGCCGAGGGGGGCCUCAGAGAGAGGGCAGAGGUGGCAGCGGACAGCAGAGUGAAGCCCAGCAUGGACUGUCAAGAGAAACCUUUGAAUUUAUCCCUCGGGGUGCUUCAAAGUUGCCCGGCAAUUUCUUUGAGCAAGAGUGUAAUCCCAAGUAUCAGCUGUCCGUUUUGUACCUUCAAGACCUUUUAUCCAGAAGUUUUAAUGAUGCAUCAGAGACUGCAACAUAAAUACAAUCCCGACGGUCACAAAAACUGUAGAAACAAGACUUGGCUUAGAAGCAGACGUACUGGCUGCCCACCAAUUCUGCAGGGAAAAGACGUGCCUCCCUUGUCCGGUUUCCCCAAGUCCAAGCCCAAGCCCAAGCCUGCCUUCCCGGCCCAGACCAAGACCCUGCCGUCAGAGAAGGGGAAGCUGGGCCCCACGGGGCCAGGCAAGGCCUCUCUGGCCUCAGGGAUCGACUCUAGCACUUUAGCCCCCAGUAACCUGAAGUCGCACAGGCCACAGCCCAGUGUUGGGGCACAGGGGGCUCCGGCCGCCAGGCAGCAGCCCUCGGAGAUGUUUUCUAAAAGCGGAGUUUCUCCUGCCCCCGAGAAGACGAAGAGGCCGGAGACGAAGUUCAAAGCCCCGGUGGUUUCCGUGGCCCAGCCCUCCACAGGCAGCAGCACCAGCAACGGCUUGGCCGACUUCUCGGCCAAGCACGACGGCCGGUGGGCUCCACAAGGAAAGGACUACUUCUGUGGCCGCAGUGCCAGCGUUGCCAGCCCGGAGCUUGGAGAGCCGCUUCCCAAGCAGCCGAAAACUAAGCCCGUGGUCCUAGAUGCGGAGCAGCCCCGGCCCCACCACCGAAGGAUCCUCGACCUGCCGGUGAUUCGCGGAAUCUCAUCGCUGCUGCCCCAGGAGUACACGUGCCCGCCGCCAAAAGUGCUGCCUGUCAAGCCACGAUUCCUGGCGUCAGGCGAGAUCGACUCCUCCAAUGUGCUGACCAUACACAAGUCCUACAGCGGGCCCGGGUCCCACUACAAUUGUGCCCCCUCGGCUGGCGCAGCCCUGGAAGGAAAAAGACCUACGUCGUAUCAACACUUAUCUAACAGCAUGCUUCAGAAGAGAAACUAUGAGAAUUUUACUGGGAAUGCACAUUACCGGCCAAAUGACAAAAAAACUUGA